AUGCCGCGAUUGGUUGAUUUGAAAAUUACCGAUGUAAAAAGUGAGCUGGAGGAAAGAGAGUGCGACACAGCUGGAAAGAAAGCGGAAUUACAAGAGCGGCUUCAUCAAGCAUUAGGGAGGCGAGGACCCGGAUAUUUUCAUUUUUACCGGUGCAGGGGAUAUUGGUUUAAUGCUGCAAAACCUUUCGACCAAGUUAGAAAACAAGCUCAUGGAAAAUUGUGCUAA